UAGCCCUUUGUGGUGGGCCCGGAGAUGAAGUGGGUCCUCGGGGAUCUCUCGUCUUCCGGUGUAAGCCCACACGGCGGCCUUGGUAGUGCGCGCGAGUUCGGGGAGGCGAUCUGGGACCUCGGACAGCGGCUUUGGAAGGCCGUGAUCUUGCCCGGCAUCUCCGGCACCCGGGGGAUGUCUCUGCUUUCGUUCCCACGCCUUCUUCGUCCACCCCCUUCUUGUUUCGGAGAAAAGUUCGAAUCUGGGGGAAAGGAGGAGAAGAAGGAGAGAUUGUUUGCACUGUGCGAGUUGCAAUUACGGCAAUGUGAGUGGUACUUGCACGUGAGGAUAGUUGCACACCAUCCGCUUGAGGAAAAUACAGACAGACAACUCUUGCAAGCAUCUGAAGAACAUUGGAAACAAAAGAUCACAAAGGAGAGAUGCACAAGAAACCAUUGGAACCAUUCUUUCCACAAUCAGAGAGAAAAGAGACCACAUCAAGCUAUAGUAAGAGAGGAGAGAUUACAGACGCUGCUACAACCGUAGACGUAAGUAAGAAUCGAUCUA